CGGCACUAAAUACACGGUUUUCAAACAUUUGGAGUAUAUGCAGAGUAUAUGUUAGUGUUUAUGGCGACAUUAAAAGAUAUCUGCUCUGGUUUACCGCUCAAACCACUUCCAUCAAAACAAACUCGAGACUGCAGCAUCCCUCAUGCACCAAAACGUAACACAAACCUUUCAAAGACAGAGGAAAUUGUAAGAGUAAUAAUAAUAUAACUGUUUAAAAUAUAUGAUACUUUUUAACAAUAUGUUUGAUAUACAUGUUAUAUAUACAAAGGGAAAAUAUAUUGCUCAGAGUCAGAGAAGAAAUGCACCAUGUCCCCCCCCCUUCCCCCCUGAAACCUCUCAUUAACCCUCCCCAAGUCAGGUGCGUCCCUAAAUUUUCAUGAUUUUUGGGAUGUCGGAUAGUAUAGCAAUAGUCUCGGUAAACAGGCAACCCCCAUUUAGGGCAACCCCCAUUCAUCCCCUGACCAGCAAUAUAUUCUGUUAUUGAUUGUUUUGAACCCCUUCGGUUCUGAACCACAGACCAGUCAAUGACUUUUAUAGAAGAAAAAGUAUCCAUCCUAUAAUAUACUUUAAUUGUCACAUUCUCUGUUCCAACUGACAUCCAUAGUACAAUAUCCAACAUGUUGACAUUAUUCAAAAUCAUUUUUGUGAUAUUUCGUUGCAGCUAGCUGUAAAGAAUGCAUUGAGAUAUUUUCCCACAGAAACACAUGCUGAGCUUGCACCAGAAUUUGCCCAAGAGUUGAGAGAAUAUGGACAUAUUUAUAUGUACCGCUUUCAACCAACUUUGGAAAUGAAGUAUGUGACGAGUUUAUUCUGUCUAAUGCCAGACGAUUCUACUCAAUAGGAGUGAUAUAAUAAACCAUUAGUUUGCAAGGCUUUCUCCUUGACAAAUAAAAUCAUCUGGCAUUAGACAGAGUAAAACAAUAAAGUUGGGUGUGUUUGGGAGCAUUGUAGCUUAACCCUUUAAGUGGCAAUGUACCCUACUUUAUUAUUUUGCUCUGUCCAACGCCAGAUGAUUUUACUCGUUGAGAGGAGACUGCUGCCACUCAAUGGGUUUUAAUAAUACAUCUAGAAAGUACUCAACAAAUGUAAUGGUUGCAAAAACAUGAUAUAAUUAUUUUCUUAAUUAAUCAGGGCGUAUAAUAUUGACGAAUAUCCAUGCAAGAGCAAACACGCGGCUGCCAUAAUGUUGAUGAUAAUGAAUAACCUGGAUUCCAGAGUUGCCCAG